AUGGCUGCUGGACGCGCAGAUGCCGAAAAGGAAAUAAAACGGAACCCACACGGUGACUUCAAAGCAGUCGAGGCCUCGCGUCCCCCCUUUGACAAGACAUCCUCUUUCCACUACACGCAAACACCCAAGCCAAACUGGCCACUAGGCAGCGGCCCUAACGAUGCCUCUGACCAAGGAAAAUCGCACCGCUCCAUCGCACCCUACGAGCAAGGCCGCCCCGUAGUCCACAACUACAAGCUCCUGAUUUCAGCCAUCGUCCCCCGCCCCAUCGGCUUCGUCUCAACCAUCAGUGCAGACGGCCAAUCAACCAACCUCGCCCCCUUCAGUUACUUCAACCUCGUCAACCACGAUCCCCCCAUGUUCGUCCUCGGCUUCGCAGGCGGCAUGGACAAGGCCAAGGACACGCUCAAGAAUCUGCUCGACACCAAGGAAGCUACCGUUAACAUCAUCUCCGAGCAUUACGUCGAGGCUGCAAAUUUUUGCAGCAUCAAUGCGCCGCCGGGAAUUAGCGAGUGGGCGUUUAGCGGACUGCAUCCUGAAAAGAGUAAGAUUGUGAGACCGGAUCGCGUCAAGGAGGCUGUGUUUAGUAUCGAGGCCAAGCUGGUGGAUAAGGUGGAGUGGACGAGUAAGAACCCUGAUACGCCAGGCAAGAAGACGGGAGUUACGGUAUUUAUCGAGGGUGUCAAUUUUUGGGCGAGAGAAGAUGCGAUUGAUGAGCAGGGCGUGCUUAUCGAUCCUGCUGUUCUCAAGCCCAUUUCUCGAUUGGGCGGUAUUACGUAUGGGCGCACUACACAGGCGUUUGAGCUGCCUAGACCGGAUUAUGACGAAAUUACCAAGGAUCCCGAGGGGAAGAAGUUGGCGCUGCCAAAGAGUGAGAGCCAAUUGUAG